AUGGCAAAUCUCCUUUUGGCAAUUUACAUAUCUGGCUUCUUUAAAUUCACUUCUGGUGAAAACUUUGAUCCAAUUUAUUUGGGGCAAAUCUCCUUUUGGCAUAUCGGGUGUCUCUUCCAGACCCCAUCUAUCGAGGCAAAUCUCCUUUGGCAAAUUAUCUCCGGUUUCUUUGGAGAUCCUAUCACUUUCUGUAUCACAAGGAUUGAAGUGAUGGAUGUGUUUCUAAGUGAUUUCGAUAGCUACAGUGAAAGCAGUAGCUCUGAUGAUCAAGAAGACGAUGAGUUCAUGUACAGUGGACAAGCAAGCUGUAUCCUCUCAAAUCUUCAAGAAACCAUUGGAAAAAUCGAUGAUUUCUUGUUGUUUGAAAGAAGAUACGUUCAUGGCGACAUCGUUUGCUUGAUAAAAGAUCACUCACAAAUGGGAAAAGUAACAAACUUUGAGAUGCUUGUAGACUUGGAGAAUCUUAACGAGAAGAAACUAAAAGACAUCAACUCCAAAGAGCUUCAAAGAAUCCGUUCAAUCUCAAUGAGCGAUUUCGUAAUUUCCGGUCCGUGGGUCGGUAAAGCUGACCAGAUAACCGAUUCGGUAACCGUCCUGUUCGAUGACGGGUCAAAAUGUGAAUUUACAAUAACGGACAUGGAAAAUCUCAUACCGAUCUCUCCCGAUUUAGUCGAUGAUUCACAAUACCCGUAUUACCCGGGUCAACGAGUCAAACUCGUGAACUCGACCCGGUCAAACUCGACCCAGUGGUUUUGCGGGUCACGAACCGAAACCCACAAUGAAGGGACCGUGUGUAAUGUGGACACGGGUUCGGUCCACGUGACAUGGCUCGGGUGCGCGUUAUUUGGUUCAGAAGGUGGUGCACCGGUGCCACCAUCUCUUCAGAGCAAAAAAGACUUGACCCCAAUUUCGUGUUUCUUGAAUUGGCAACUCGGUGAUUGGUGUGUUCUACCAAAAAUUUCCCACUCGGGUUUUCAAGAAAUCUUUGUGAUUGCGAAAACAAAAUGUAGAAUUGAUGUGUUAUGGCAAGAUGGGAGUGAAUCGUUUGGGUUGGAUUCGAGUUGUUUGAAUCCUGUUAACACACUCGAUGCUCAUGAUUUUUGGCCUCAUCAGUUUGUUCUUGAGAAAGGAACUUCAGAUGAUCAAGAAAAUAGGAAGUGGGGGGUCGUGAAGGUGGUGGACGCGAAGGAAAAGACAGUGAGGGUAAAAUGGGAAUUGGAAAAUGAAGAGAAAAACGUGGAGGAAAUUGUGAGUGCGUAUGAACUGAUUGAUCACCCUGACUAUUCAUUUAGUCAGGGUGAUCUUGUAUUUAGGAUGCAUAAAGGACAGAAUUUUGAGAAAGAUUCUUACAAUUCCUACUUAGAUCAUAUCGGGAUUGUGAUUGGCUUGAAAAAUGGCAUUGUUGAAGUCAAAUGGGCUACGGGUUUCACAUCUAAGGUUGGGCCUCAUGAGAUCUUUCGAGUGGAAAAGUCUGAAGGCGUAUCAGCUACACCACUACUUAACAAUGGAAAUAUGGAAGAGAAAUCCGACCAUGAUACCCGUUCAACUGACCCCACCGAAAAGGAUUUAUUGGAUUCAGAUGAUGAUGAUGUUGAUGUUGAUGAUGAUGAUGAUGAUGAUGAGAAAGAUUGCUUAAAGAUGUUGUAUGAUUCCACUACUUUUAGUGUCCCACGAGCUGCAAUCGGGUUCUUAUCAAAUGUGGCUACACGGUUUUUCGGUUCUCAGAACUACACAACAUUGUAUGUUAGUUCAGACCAUGUAUCUGAUUUUAACAAGGAAGAUGAUCAGACAUUUGUGGAGACAAAGUUUGAAGAAUCCGAGGAUUCAAAGGUUGUUCCGGUUUUAUCGAAUAGUGAGAAUAUGAAAGAAAUUAGGCAAUUUGACAUGGUUAAUGACUGCUCAAACCACCACUUUGUUGAUAGUCCUGAAAAGAGCUCCAUAUCAACUCAGGUGAAAAAAAGUUGGCUAAAGAAAGUUAAUCAAGAAUGGAACAUUUUGACAAACGAUCUUCCGGAAACAAUAUAUGUUCGUGUCUUUGAAGAAAGAAUGGAUCUAAUUCAAGCUGCAAUUGUGGGAGCAUCUGGAACUCCUUACGAAAAUGGUCUUUUCUUCUUUGACAUUUUCCUCCCCCCUGAAUACCCUCACGAGCCCCCGAUGGUGCAUUAUAACUCUGGUGGACUUCGGGUGAACCCUAAUUUAUAUGAAUCGGGGAGGGUGUGUCUUAGCCUUCUGAAUACAUGGACAGGAACCGGAAGUGAGACAUGGAACCCUAACGAGUCCACAAUUCUUCAAGUGGGAAGUGCUGAGGGUGAAAAGAAUUCGUGUAGCUAUAAUGAGAAUGCCAUUCUCAUGAGCUACAAAUCCAUGUUGUACAUACUUCGCAACCCACCUAAGCAUUUUGAGGCACUUGUGGAGGAGCAUUUCAGCAAACGAUGUGGGCAGAUCUUGAUGGGUUGUAAGGCCUAUCUUGAAGGGGUUCCAGUAGGAGGCGAAAAUGUUGAGACCGAAGGGCAAAAUGGUAAUUCUAUGGGAUUCAAGAUCAUGCUCUCAAAACUUGUCCCUAAGCUCGUGGAAGCAUUUGCCUCAAAAGGGUUUGAUUGUGGUGAAUGUAGUAAAAUGGAAUUAAUACUGGGGUUUAUCAGCAAUUAUUGUAUAAAGGUUAUGUACACGACUACAAGGAGUUCCUUUUUGGAAGUUGAAGAUCUCGAGUUUGGAGUAAUGUACAAGUUUUAA